CUCCAUUGCUUCAUCAUCUCAUCAACCCCAAAUACUCUCUCCUCUUUAACCUCCCCCUCCCCCCCCUCUCUCACUCUCUCUCUACUUAUGCUAAACCUCUUCGCCACUCCAUUAAUUAGUUACUACUGCUAGGCUUGCAACAUAAGCAAGACCAAGAUUUGGCUCCAAUUAACACCUCUAGACCACACAAUUCUAUAGAGUUAGCUACCACUACUACCUUGUACUCAUGUUCUUGCAUAUACUUGUACUUCGGUAGUUGCAUGGUACGACUGCAGACAAGCUAGCGUUGCUGUCAUGGGUAGGCGGAGCAAAUGGUGGGCGGCGGCGCUCGUCAGGUGCUGCGCGCUUGUCAUGCUGUGCGUGGGCAGCGCCGUCGUCGCCGCCGUGGACGAGCAGGGCGCCGCGCUGCUCGCGUGGAAGGCGACGCUGCGCAACGGGGUUGGCGCGCUGGCGGACUGGAAGGCCGCGGACGCCUCGCCGUGCCGGUGGACCGGCGUGGCGUGCAAUGCCGACGGCGGCGUCACCGAGCUGCGCCUGGAGUUUGUCGACCUCCUCGGCGGCGUCCCGGCCAACCUGGCCGGCGCCGUCGGCGCCACGCUGACCCGGCUCGUCCUCACCGGCACGAACCUGACGGGCCCGAUCCCGCCGGAGCUCGGCGCGCUGCCCGCGCUGGCGCACCUUGACCUCAGCAACAAUGCGCUCACCGGGUCGAUACCGUCCGGGCUGUGCCGGACGGGGAGCAAGCUCGAGACGCUCUACCUCAACUCCAACCGGCUGGAGGGCGCCAUCCCGGACGCCAUCGGCAACCUCACGUCGCUCCGGGAGCUCAUCGUCUACGACAACCAGCUCGGCGGCAGGAUUCCGGCCGCCAUUGGCCGCAUGGCCAGCCUCGAGGUGCUCCGCGGCGGCGGCAACAAGAACCUCCACAGCGCGCUCCCCACGGAGAUUGGAAGCUGCUCCAGGCUCACCAUGGUCGGCCUCGCCGAGACCAGCAUCACCGGCCCGCUCCCUGCGAGCCUCGGCCGCCUCAAGAACCUCACCACGCUGGCCAUCUACACGGCGCUGCUCUCUGGCCCGAUACCCAGAGAGCUCGGCCGGUGCAGCAGCCUGGAGAACAUCUACCUCUACGAGAACGCGCUAUCCGGGUCCAUCCCGGCGGAGCUCGGCGCGCUCAAGAAGCUCAAGAACCUGCUGCUGUGGCAGAACCAGCUCGUCGGCAUCAUCCCGCCGGAGCUCGGCUCGUGCAGCGAGCUCGCGGUGAUCGACCUGUCGAUCAACGGGCUCACCGGCCACAUCCCGGCGUCGCUCGGGAAACUCUUGUCGCUGCAGGAGUUGCAGCUCAGCGGGAACAAGAUCUCCGGCACGGUGCCGCCGGAGCUGGCCCGGUGCAGCAACCUCACAGACCUCGAGCUCGACAACAACCAGAUCACGGGCGCCAUCCCCGCCGAGCUUGGCGGCCUCCCGGCGUUGCGCAUGCUUUACCUGUGGGCCAACCAGCUGACCGGAAACAUCCCGCCGGAGCUCGGCCGGUGCACUAGCCUCGAGGCGCUCGACCUGUCGACCAAUGCUCUGACCGGGCCGAUCCCACCGUCGCUCUUCCAGCUUCCACGGCUGUCCAAGCUGCUCCUCAUCAACAACGAACUCUCCGGCCAGUUGCCAGCGGAGAUUGGCAAUUGCACGUCCCUCGACCGGUUCCGGGCAAGCGGCAACCACAUCGCCGGCGCGAUACCCCCGGAAAUCGGCAUGCUUGGGAGCCUCAGCUUCCUGGACCUGGGCUCCAACCGGCUGUCCGGUGCUCUCCCCACGGAGUUGUCGGGAUGCCGGAACCUCACGUUCGUCGACCUCCACGACAAUGCCAUCGCCGGCAUGCUGCCGGCAGGACUCUUCAAGGAAUUGCUCUCGCUCCAGUACCUCGACCUCUCCUACAAUGACAUCUCCGGCGCGCUCCCGUCCGACAUCGGCCUACUCACUUCGUUGACAAAGCUCAUUCUCAGCGGCAACCGGCUAUCCGGAGCGAUGCCACCGGAGAUCGGCUCGUGCUCCCGCCUCCAGCUCCUAGACGUCGGCGGCAACUCGCUCUCCGGUCACAUUCCGGGGAGCAUCGGCAAGAUUCCGGGAUUGGAGAUCGCCCUUAACCUCAGCUGCAACAGCUUCUCCGGCUCGAUGCCAUCGGAGUUCGCAGGGCUCGUGAGGCUUGGGGUGCUCGACGUGUCACACAACCAGCUCUCCGGCGAUCUCCAGGCGCUGUCCGCGCUCCAGAACCUCGUGGCGCUCAACGUCUCCUUCAACAGCUUCUCCGGCCGGCUUCCAGAGACGGCGUUCUUCGCGAAGCUCCCGACCGGCGACGUCGAGGGCAACCAGGCGCUGUGUCUCUCGCGGUGCUCUGGCGACGUCGGCGACAGUGAGCUCGAGGCACGCCGCGCCGCCCGUGUCGCGAUGGCCGUGCUGCUCACCGCCCUCGUCGUCCUCCUGGUGGCCGCGGUGCUCGUCCUGUUCGGGUGGCGCCGGCGCGGCGAGCGUGCCAGCGAGGACAAGGACGCUGAGAUGUCGCCGCCGUGGGACGUGACGCUGUACCAGAAGCUGGACAUCGGCGUGGCCGACGUGGCCCGCAGCCUCACUCCGGCGAACGUGAUCGGACACGGGUGGUCCGGCGCGGUGUACCGUGCCAACAUCCCGUCGUCCGGCGUCACGGUCGCCGUGAAGAAAUUCCAGUCAUGCGACGAGGCGUCCGUGGAGGCGUUCGCGUGCGAGAUCAGCGUGCUGCCCCGGGUGCGCCACCGCAACAUCGUCCGGCUGCUGGGAUGGGCGUCCAACCGCCGGACGCGACUCCUCUUCUACGACUACCUCCCGAACGGCACUCUCGGCGGCCUUCUGCACGGGGGCGCGACCGGCGCCGCCGUCGUGGAGUGGGAGGUGCGGCUCGCGAUCGCCGUGGGCGUGGCCGAGGGCCUCGCUUACCUCCACCACGACUGCGUGCCGGGGAUCAUCCACCGUGACGUCAAGGCCGACAACAUCCUCCUCGGCGACCGCUACGAGGCUUGCCUCGCCGACUUCGGCCUGGCACGAGUCGCCGAUGACGGCGCCAACUCGUCGCCUCCGCCGUUCGCCGGAUCCUACGGCUACAUCGCUCCCGAGUACGGCUGCAUGACCAAGAUCACAACCAAGAGCGACGUGUACAGCUUCGGCGUGGUGCUGCUGGAGAUGAUCACGGGGCGGCGCACGCUGGACCCGGCGUUCGGCGAGGGGCAGAGCGUGGUGCAGUGGGUGCGCGACCACCUGUGCCGGAAGCGCGACCCGGCGGAGAUCGUGGACGCGAGGCUGCAAGGCCGGCCGGACACGCAGGUCCAGGAGAUGCUGCAAGCCCUCGGCAUCGCGCUGCUCUGCGCCAGCCCGCGCCCCGAGGACCGGCCGACCAUCAAGGACGUGGCGGCGCUGCUACGCGGCAUCCGGCACGACGACGGCCCCGACGCGCGGAAGGCCGGGAAUGCAGAGCGGGCCGAUGCGAAGAAGCCCAUCUCACCCACCAAACUUAUGGCUCUCACCAGGCCGGUCCAAACCCAGGCCCAGGUCCAGGCCCGAGCGAGUUCAGGUUCCCUGGGCCUACUCAACAACCGGGACGGAUAGUUUAGCCUCAGGCGACUUGGCGGGCCCACUAGCGGUGCGAUGUUGACAAUGCAACCUUGUGUACUUUAGGGGACCCGUAGAAAUUAUGUAUGUGUCCUUAUUCACUUUUGAGGUGAGUGCAAGGGGGUGUGUCGUUUUGCUAGGUGCACGCUCUCUGGGUACAAAUGUUGUUUCCUUCCGUAGGGAUUUAGUGAUCAUAGGAUACCAUCUCUAGAUGGUCCAGCAGGGUCAUGACAGGUCAAUAAUUUUGUGUACCAUAAAAUGGGGUAUAAUGCAAUGGAAGUUUGUGUAUA